CGUCUGUCAAUGGCGGCUGUUUUGAUUAUUAGAACAAGUUCAGGCUCAUCAUUUUAUUUUAAUAUCUCAUGUGUUAUGUUACUUUAAAAUCUACAGCAAAUUAAUUGCACCAUUUUAAUGCAUGCACAGAGUUGGUCACAAACAGGACUGAUGUCAUGUUCCACAGUCCUUGUACCCAAGCAAAUCGUAAUUCAAUUAUUAUCAUUUGUUGUUGUCGGUGAUUUGUAAUGAAAACAAAGGUGUUUGGCAAUUUGACACCUUCACUGCAGACAGCUUUGACAAAGUCUGUUGCUGAUUUCAAGACAGACCUUUUUUGUUUGGCAAUUUGGCCCUUUCGAUUAUUUUUUUGUUCAUAAAUUAUGCACGAAUUAAACAAAGGAGACAAUGUCGUCUUCGUGUGGCCGAAUGUGUUGCCUCCAAAGUUGAACAUGAAUGAACAUGUCUGAAAUCCCGUCACUGGUAAAGGAUUCCUAUGAACGACGUGACCUAGAAACACCGGGUUAACGGAUUUCUGUUUUACCUCACUGAACUAUUCAGGAAAUGUAGACCGAAAUGUACCAAAAUGUGACGUUUUGUGAUUAGAAAAAUAGCAUCAUAAUAACUCGAUAUGAAUUUGUGAGGAAAUGAAAACAAGGCAGCUGAGGCUUCAUUUUUAGCCUGUUCGUGGGGUGAAGAAUUUUUAACAAUGGAUGACAGAAUUCAUCAAUUAACAGACAACUUACAGGGUACGACACGGAACCUGCGGUCGUUGGAUCGUAUGCUUGGUACCUACAGGGAUGUAGGUAGGGAACAGAGAGGUGCCGUAGACAAGUUACGAGAUGACUUAAGGGUAACACAGAGUGAACUCGAGCGGGAGAGGGUGAGGAGUCCACUACACCGGGACUAUGGGAGUGACAGCGAGUAUGAAGUAUCACCAUUGGCAAAUAGACGACGACGAAAGCGGAGAUCCACUGUGAGAUUUGCUGAUGACAUGAACAGAGAGUUGCACGGACUACACAGGUCUUUCCGAGAUUUAUCUAACGACCAUUUUGAUCUUGAGACAAGCUUAAACAGGGAAUCUGAGAGACGAGACAGAAAUGAUUUGGAUUCUAGAAGGACUAUGAGGGAGAUAUCAGAUAAUCUGAAGCGCCUUCCUCACUCUGACCCGGUGGCCAUGCGUGUAGAGGAGAGACUAGCUGCUAUUCAGAAUGAGCUGCGGUCAGAAAGGCAGUCACUCAACAGAUACGAUGAACUGGUUAACCUCUCCACAGACCUUCGGCAGGCACUGAAUACACAUCAGCACCUACUGACACAGCCAUCACGGUCAGCCAUGGACGAACGACUCCAGACACAGUAUAUCCAGGCUGAGUCACAGAAAAACAGGAUUGAGUCUGAAUUAGACGCUGUUAAGAGAAAGCUGGACCAAACAGCAGGAGGUAAAGCCGCUCUAGAACAGCAGGUUGGUGACCUUCGGGCACAGCUCAACCGCAUGGAGCAGGAACGUUCACGAAUGAAAACCCACCUCGAGGAGAGUCGAUACGAGGAGGAGGUCCGGGAUAGACGUAAAAAACAGUCCUUGGAGGAGGAGAGAGACCGGGUGCGGAGGUCCCUAGAGAAGGAAGUGAUGGACCUACGUGGCCAGCUAGCCAGGUCUAUGGGUAAUCACAGUGAAAUGGAUGAGUUACGCAGAGGGAUUGACCGGAGUGAACGGCAACGGGCCCAACUUUCCGACCACAUAGAGACACUAACAAGAGACCUAGAGAACAGAGAGAAACAGACAGCCAAACUUAUCACUCAAUUGAAGGAGACGUCAGAUAAGUUUGAGGAGGCCGAUCGCCACAAGGGUCAGCUGAUGGCCCAGUAUGAGGACACGAUGGGACGUCUUAAGGAGUGCAGCAAGGAGCUGGAGAAAACCUCUACUGAGCUACGGGGCACACAGGGUUCUCUGUCUGAUGCAGAGCGAAAGAGGGAUGAGUUUAAGGGGCGUGCACAGGAAACUGUCAGACAAUGGAAGCUGAAGACAAAGCAGCUUGAGAGAGAGGUUGACCGUCACAAACACGGAGCCAACACGUUGAUGCAGAGGAAUGAACAGCUAGUGAAGGAGUUAGAGGGCAUGAGGCACCAGUUACACCACCAAGGGGUACAGAUGGACAACCUCAAACGGGAGCUAGGCGACGCCUUGGCGGUGAGAGCAGCCCAGGAUGAACAGAUCCGUCUAAAGGAUGUGGAGAUCAACGAACUGAAAUCUGUUCGUAUGGACCUGGACCAUGAACUCCGUGACUCUCGUACUGUCUGUGAUAGGAUGGAGAAUGAACUCAACACAGCCCAGACACGUUCAUCAACUCUAUCAGAGGAGAAAAACAGACUGGAGGAGAAAUUGUCAUCUGUGGAAGCAGCACACCUUCUCUCACAGGACCAAUCAAAUCAACUACAGCAAGAACUUAAGGAAUUAAGCUCAGUCAAGGCAGAGUUUGCCUCUCAAUUGUCCCUAGCCAAUGGUAAAAUCCAUGACCUGCGGCACAACUUCGUGGAAUUACAACAUCGGGAAAAGGCGGCCAGAGAGGAGGUGAAAAUCUACCAGCGACAACUGGCUGAGGAACGAGAAUCGCACCACAAUACUGUUGAAAAUAUCAAACAAGAACUGAACGAAGUCAAGGUUCGAGAAGCUCAUGUAAUGCAAGAUAUACAAAGGAAGAUGAAGAGGGGACAUGCUGAAUACGAAGCAACAAUACAGGCUCUAAAGAUGGAGUUAGGAGAAGAGAAGUCCUCCUCCAAAAUCUACAAACGUAACGAAGAGAAGCUACGUCAGGAGGCAGAGCGACUCACUCAUGAAGUAGAGAGAUUGGAAGAGGAGAACACCAACAUACUGAGGAGACUGGAACAUGCUCACCAGGAAUUCCAGACCCAGACUCAGAUGGCAGAGAGUGAUAUGUCGCGGGUAAAGAAAUAUGAAGAUGAACUAUUUUUACUGAAGAAUGAGCUGAAGAAGUCCAGAGCUGACCAUGAUGGUCUCGUGUAUGAUAUGGUAUCAGAGGUUGACUCCCUGAUGGAGCUGGCUGCAACGGGUUCCAUGGAGAAACGUCAGACGGUGACUGCUGUGAAGGGAGCCCCUAAUGGUCCCAACACCACCACAGCAGACAUCAAGAGUAAGAUGAAGUGGCUGCGACAAGAGUUGAGGGACCGGAUCAAGUAUGAACAGAAGAUGCGCAAGGACUUACGAGAGGCUCUUACUUGUAAUGACAAUGAUCGCCAAUUCCUCCUCGCAGAACUCGCCAAACGGGAAGAUGUCUUGGACGAAUUAUCCACUGCUAAGCAAGGGAGGAUUCUACAAAUGCCAUACCUUGGCAAGCUGUUACCUGAGCUGGCCUACAGAGACCUGGAUAAUGUACAGGCUGUAGAGAAACUACAGGAACACAUCCUUGAUUUAACUGAUGAAUUAGAACUUAGAAAAAUACGAGAAGAAGAAAUCUUAAGAGCUCAGGAAUCUGAUAAACAGCACAUCAUUGAAGAUUUGCAUGAACUCAGAACUGUGCAAGAGGAGAAAGCUAGGAUAGAGGACAGAUAUCUACGUCUGUCUGAAACAAUGAGGGCCCUUCAAGAGGAAAUAAAAUCAGCAAAUAUUGGGGGAAAUAAAGCAACAGAGUUUGAGCGUGAGAGGAAUGCUGGAAAUCUACGGAAGUCCUCAACACCAAGGAAGAAGAAUCAAAGAGUUCGGAUUCAUGAGGGUCCAAAGCGCCCAAUCACUCCCCCGUCAAAAUUCAAGAAGGGCCAAACUCCCCCAAUGGCAUUGUCGGAGGAAGAAUUCCAGCAACGUUAUAUGUCUCAGAAGAACUGCUAGCAGUAUUGAGCUUCAUUCUAUUUCACAACACUGUUAACAUUCGUUUAUUAAAUAUUUUCUCAGAAAAGGGACUGAUCAGGGUUUUUUAGAAAUUAAACAGUUGAAUGAUGGAGUUAAACGCAGGUCCCUUUAAAAAUCUACUGGUAAGGAUUGACUGCUUUACUUCCUAUAAUAGAGACCAAGUCCAGAACGAAUGGGACAUUGUGGUAUUGGGGGUUACAAGUGUUGUGUGACGACAACUGCGGGUAUUUUUUUUAUGAAGCACAUGUGUACAUAAGGGCAUUGUUUAGCCUGCCGACAUGAUGUAAAUUAAAUUUUUCCCGUUCGACAUACAAUUUCUAAUAUCUAAUACAUCAUUCUGAGUGAUUUCAAGAUCCUAUACAACAUUUCGAGAGAUGUCAAAAUUUCCAGAGAUGUAGAGAUCUUGUAUAACAUUGCUAAAGACAGUAACACCUUACUUCAUUAUUUUAUUUGGAUUGAUAAACAGCUUUAUUCUUUAAAAGUUUUACAAUUGUCACAUAUGAAUGAUAUUAAUAUGAGAAUCUGAAUUCUGCUUUUUAAGUUUGCCUUUACCAGAAAAUCGUUUUGGAUUUCUAUUUCAUAAAACAUUAUAAUUUGGUGCUGCUUGUUUCACUAAAAACAGAAAAAUUAAGAUAAAUUAAGAAAAACUUCCAUGAGCCAUUAAAUAUGCUUGUAAGUAGCAAGGUAGUUGUAAACUUAGCCGCCAGUAGGAAAUCCAUAGUCAGGGCGUCAGUAGAAAAACCUUAGCCAGGCCGCCUAUAGGCCAGCGUGUAUAUGUUGUCUAUGCCAUAUAUACAUGAAAUGUAGAUAUGUUAUUUAUUUUAGUGCUGAUUUGAAUGGGUGAUGUGGAUGUUCAUUGGUUGUGAUUGUUUGUAAGUGUCCUCAAAGUGGAGGUUUACCGCCAUUGAAAUAUUAGGAAGAAGUAACCUACCUCUUAACUAUCUGGUGGUCUGGGGUGGAGAGGGGAUAAACAUUAUCAAACAAAUCCUUGUUUAUUUAUGUGAGAGCAAGUUCUAAAGCACAGGUGUGAAAUCUAUAGCAUGGGUGUCAGAUCUUGUACAUCAUUGUUAAAUCUGCAAUAGAAGUGCAAGAUCUCGAAUACAGGUGCAAGAUCAGUAACACAGGUGCGAGUUCUGUAACACAGGUGUGACAUUACUUAUACAGAUGUGAAAUCUGUAGCAAAGGUGUCAUACCACAAAAGUGAAAUCUGUAGCACAUGUGUGAUACCACAAAAGUGAAAUCUGUAGCACAUGUGUGAUACCACAAAUGUGAAAUCUGUAGCACAAGUGUGAUACCACAAAUGUGAAAUCUGUAGCACAGGUGUGAUACCACAAAUGUGAAAUAUGUAGCACAGGUGUGAGAUCUCUUAACAGAUGCAAUAUCUCUAAUACAGAUUUGAAAUCUGUAGCACUGGACCGAGAUAUGUAACAAAGGUAUGAGAUCUCUUUUAUACAAAUUGCAGACUGCUAAUACAG